ACUACCUUAAGCUUGACGCGCGACCAGUGCCGACCACGCUUUUCCUUUUCCCAUUCUACGGCGACAACAAGCGGGUCCUUCAGCUACAAAUUUGUGUCCUGCUUCUUUCUAUCCUUGGUGAUGGCUGUAUUGAAUUUUACCCUGAGUGAAGAAGGAGUCAACGCCUUGAGAGAUGCGUUGGCGUGCCUUGGUAAAUUCAGCGAUGAAGUUUCCCUCGAAGCCAAAAAGGAUAGACUGUUAUUCACAACCUUGAACCUUUCCAAGUCAGCCUACGUAUCCUUUUCCUUCGCAGCCAAUCGCUUCUUCUCCAAGUAUCACUUCGAAGGCGUAGCUCAGAACCGCGAGAAAUUCUGCUGCAAAUUGUAUAGUCGGGCCUUGCUAUCCCUGUUCAGGGUCAGAAGCGGAGACUCUUCGCACGAGAGGGAUAAAGACACCACGAUUGAUCGUUGCGAUGUAGCUAUAGUGGAUGAGCCGGGCAAAAACAGCCGAUUCAUUGCUAAAAUCAUAUUCCGAAAUGGGAUCACCACAAAAUAUCAACUUCCAUUUGAGGUUACUCCCCCAGUACACGCCACGUUUGACAAGGAGCAAGCAAAAAACCAUUGGUCAAUCCCAUCCCGAACAAUACGCCAGUUCAUGGAGCAUUUUGGCCGUGGCAUUGAGUACCUCGAUAUACAUUCCGAGGAUGAUGACACUGUGAACUUCACUUGCUUCACUGAGAAGGUUAAUAAUGGAGAAGAGGUCUUGAAAAAGCCACUCCACACAUCCAUUGCUGUUGAACGAGACGAGUUCGAGGACUUUGUCGUUGAAGAGGAUAAACUUCAUAUCGUCAUCCCCGUCAAGGACUUCCGGGCCAUCAUCUCACACGCUGGAUGUCUCGGUAGUCAGAUUUCGGCAUAUUAUUCGAUGCCAUCUAAGCCCAUGCAAUUCAAGUAUGAUGGCGACGGAAUCAAAUGCGAAUUCCUUCUGAUGACAAUUGGUGAAAGGGGGGCACCAGGUCAGAAGGCAAAGAAAGUCCGUAGCAACACGAAAGGAUCGAAAGCGCCGCAACUCGAGGCCGCUGCGAGUAGGGCCACUUCGCACGCGCCCACACCGGCUCCCCAGCUCCCCCCUCAACCAACUGCUGCACGACCCGAACUUGUUCCUUCUCUAAGACCAUCUAUGGCUCGUCCUUCUCAGCGACCACCCCCGGCCACAAUGGAAUCGGAAUCGCUCUUUGUCCCUCAAGAUGACGAGCAUAAUUGGGAUCCUGUCAAUCUUGGCGAAGACGAAGACGGAGAUGAAAAUGCACGGUUGGAAUGGGAUGUGAGCGGAGAUCUGGUGAGCAUUCCUUGUCUCCAGACCUUUUCUCAGAAGUCGCUAAUAUAAGUUAGAACACAUCAACAAUGAAUUUGAGGACCAUGAUGGCAAAUGGGGGCACCCAAGACGUAAGGCCUGCCAAUACCGUUGAUGAAGAUUUCUCACAUUUUGA